UUGCUCCAUCCAGCACUGUGGAGGCAGUGGAAAAUUUUUCCAAGUCGGUCUUCCAAUCGCAAAAGGAGAACCUUCUUCUCCUCCUCGCUAAGUCAUUCCCCCACAGUUGAUGAAAUCUCUGCCUCUCUCUCUUUCCAUCUCUCUCUCCAAACAGACGGAAACUCCGGUUCUAAUCCAAUCCAUUCCUGUUCGACUCUCCCUAUCCAUUUCGGAUCAUUCUUUCUUGGUUUCGUCUCAAUCGCCCAAGUGUCGUUUUUCUGUCCACUGUCGAACUUCAUUACCGCCGCCGAUCACACCUCCAAGAUACCCCUUUUUUUCUCUUCCCUUUUUCCCGAUCAAUCUGCGCGUACCCAUCUCGUGAACGGCUCUGAUUCGGAUCUCUACCUAUCCAUGGACCUGUGCUCAGUCAAAGCCCGAUGCUCUGUCCCCAAACCCUGCUGUCACUUGGCUGAUUACAAGCUCAAAUACGGUCCGACUGGCUAUGAUUCCCUCCGGGACAGCUUUGUGACUGGCCCAAAUGGGAGAACGAUUGUCUGUGCACCCGAUAGGAAGAUGCCCAGAUGCUUUUGCUGUGAUGGGUAUCGGGAAAGACUUUACCUUUGCUUAAUUUGCUCCUCAGUCUCUUGCUUGGAUCACACCCUCCUGCACGCCCGAUCUGAUUCCGGACACGACAUAGCUGUCGACGUCAAAAGAUCCGAGCUUUACUGUGGGAUAUGUCGUGAUCAGGUCUAUGAUCCUGAUUUUGACGCUGCUGUGAUCAGUAAGAAUAUAAAGGACCUGAUGAUAGUUCACAGAAAUGCUUUUGAGAGUGUUGGGGAGAGAUCGAGUAAGAGGAGGAGAUUGAGUUCUGCGAUUGAUCUGGAUUUGAAGAAGUGGAAGGAGCUGCCUUGUAUGAGAGAUCAGAGGGCGAAGUCUUGUUAUCCGAUUGGUUUGAGAGGAUUGAAUAAUUUGGGGAACACCUGUUUCAUGAAUUCCGUGUUGCAAGCAUUGGUACAUGCCCCUCCGUUGAGGAAUUACUUCCUUAGUGAGAGGCAUAACCGUGGAACUUGCCUGAAGAGAUCGUUAGAACGAUUCUGUUUGCUCUGUGACAUUGACAUUAUCUUCUCGGCCAUGUUUUCGGGCGAUCGGAGCCCAUAUAGUCCAGCUCAAUUUCUUUACAGCUGGUGGCAGCAUUCAGCAAAUCUAGCUAGUUACGAGCAGCAAGAUGCCCAUGAGUUUUUCAUCUCGCUGUUGGAUGGUAUCCAUGAAAAGGAGAACAAACUAAGGGACAUGAACAAAGAUGCUGGAGAUUGCCCAUGUAUAGCUCACAGGGUAUUUUCUGGACUGUUGAGAUCAGAUGUAACUUGUCUGACUUGUGGAUUCACUUCCACGACCCAUGACCCUUUUAUGGACAUUUCACUUCACUUGGAUCCGAGUCAUUGUUUUUCAACAGAGACAACUAAUAAAGGUUCUAAAUUGAAUGGAUGCACGAGCAUAUCUACAUCCACCCUUGUUGGAUGUUUGGAUCUUUUCACAAAACCGGAAAAGUUGGGAUCAGACCAGAAACUUCACUGCCAGAAUUGUCAACAAAGGCAAGAUUCUUCGAAACAACUGUCCAUUGGGAGGCUCCCUUUGGCACUGUGUCUUCAGGUAAAAAGGUUUGAGCACUCAUUGAUAAGGAAAACAUCAAGGAAAAUAGAUUGGCAUUUACAGUUCCCUUUCUCUUUGGACAUGAGUCCCUACUUGUCCUCCUCGAUUAUCAGAAAGAGGCUUGGGAAUAGAAUCCUUUCUUUUGAGGGCGACGAAUCUGAUGUCUCAGCUGAAUAUGAGAUUUUUGCUGUUGUUACACAUUCUGGCAUGCUGGAAUCUGGACACUAUGUGACUUAUCUGCGCUUAAGAAACCAAUGGUAUAGAUGUGAUGAUGCUUGGAUAACCGAGGUUGAUGAGGCGACCGUCCGAGCUUCACAAUGUUACAUGAUCUUCUACGUGCAGAAGAUGCUGUACCACAAAGCCAACGACGAAAUUGGUUGCGCACCAACUUCCUCACGGAGGGAUUCGCAUAUGUCAGUAGUAGGUUGCUGCUAGAGAAGAACCAUGUUGAUGGGUGUUUUCAUAGGGUGGUUAUGAAGAUCACCGCAAAUUGCAUGUGAUGGUUGACAGAAGGAUGGACGGACGGAGGUUUAUGUAGAUCCCCCUUCAAUAAAGUGAUCGGGGUGAACCCCAAAAUGGGAAAAAAGACGCAAGGAUAAUUUUAGAGCAUCCCCUGCUUGGACAGUGAUCAUCAGUAUGAUCAGACUCACUGUUAAGUGCUAAGUAUUCUUUUAUGGGAUUCAUUCAUGUAUAGUGUACUCUGUCCUAACUACUAAUACACAGCAGCGUUAUGAAAAAGUCCAUUUGGCUUCAAUGUUUCAUCCGCUUUCUUUCA